UAAAUACUAUUUCUUACUGUGUUAUUGUUAACGUAAAAAAAAAAUAAUAAAGUGUACUUCUUUGUUGCUGUAUAAGCUGAAAUUUCCAUUUGUGUUAAAUGGCUAAAUCUUUGCCGUCCAUUAGUUGUGUCUCUGGGACAGAUAGCAUAAAUGAUGAAGAUGUGGAGCCCAAAUUUAAGUACCAACGUCUCGCAAACGAUUUAAAAAACAUCCUCAAUGCUGAUGUCAUAUCUUGUAGCGCUGUACACCUAAAGUUUCUUAUUUUUGGAACUUUUCGAGGACGUGUUUAUAUAUUUGACCAUCAAGGAAACUCUGUCUACUCAAAUCUAAGCAUUAGUGAACGUCACACUCAUCAAGUGGCAGUAAACAAUAUUAAUGUAGAUCAUAAAGGCGAGUAUGUGGCCACAUGCUCCGACGACGGAAAAGUCAACAUAACGGGGUUGUUUAGCUGUGAAAACAAUCACAGUCUUAACUUCGGAAAAUGUAUAAAGGUCGUAUCAAUGGACCCAGAAUCCAAAGCUCACAUUAAGAGAUUUGUUGUGGGCGACGACAAACUUAUUUUGUACGAGCGUAACUUACUAAAGAAGCUUAAACCAUUUGAACUGUGCUCAGUCGAAGGCAGUGUUUUGUCGAUCUGCUGGCAUGGCAACUUUAUUGCCUGGGCGAGUCACAUAGGUGUUCGAGUCUACGAUUUAAACGAAAGAUGCUCACUUGGAUUAAUAAAAUGGGAGGUUCCUUCUCAGGAGAGAUUAGAAAAUUUUCGAUGCCACCUUCGGUGGUCCAACAAUAAUACAUUAUUAAUUGGCUGGGUAGACACUAUUCGUGUUUGUGUGAUUCGAAAAAGAAAUUCAAUCGAAGCUUCAACUGGCAAUCUGCCGGUCAACAUUGUGGAUCCAAUCUCGACAUUUCAAACAACUUUCUACGUAUGUGGGCUUGCUCCAUUAUCUGAAAAGCAAUUGGUGGUGCUUGGCUAUCGCAAAGAAAAAUGCUCUUCUUUUAAGGCCCUACGACCUGUAUUAUGCGUUAUUGAAUACAAAAUGAAUAACAGCGAGGAAAUCUGCACAGAUAGUUUAACUCUACGUGGCUUUGAGGAGUACACCGUUAAUGACUAUAGUUUGGGUGGCCUUAUCGAGGAGAAACGCUUUUUUAUUGUGGCACCAAAGGAUAUCGUGGUAGCUAGUCUUAUUGAAACAGAUGAUCGUAUAGAAUGGUUGGUUAAACAUAGUAAAUUUGAGGAGGCAAUGGAACUUAUAGCUGCGAAUGGAAGUAACGUGACCGUACUGUCUGUUGCCAAACUUUAUAUUAACCAUUUACUGGCGCUUAAGAAGUAUGAUGAUGCGGCAAAACUUUGCCUCCGUAUGCUAGGCAAUGACAAAGUCCUUUGGGAAGAAGAAGUUUUUAAGUUUGUGAAGUGUCAGCAGCUACGCUCAGUUAGCGCUUAUUUACCGACAUCCAACGAAUGCAAACUCGAUCCCCAUGUGUACGAAAUGGUUUUAUACGAGUUUCUAAAAUUUGAUGUAUUUGGUUUCCUAAAUAUCAUCAAGGAAUGGCCAUCUCAUCUUUAUGACGGUCUGGCUGUUAUUAACGCUAUUCAUGAUAACUUUCGUAAGCAACAUGCUAAUCAGUUGCUGGAAUCAUUGGCUCUUUUAUAUUCCUAUCAGGGUGAUUUCGAAAGUGCCCUCCGCAUGUAUUUAAAGUUGCAGAACAAGGAUGUCUUUCAAUUAAUUCGUCGGUAUGAACUUUACGAUGUCAUUUCAAAAUUGAUUAUUCCACUUAUUCAAUUGGAUCGUAAAUGCUCCUUUGAAAUACUACUAGACAAGAAUAAAAUAAAGACUGAAAUAGUUGUAAAUCAGCUGGAGCACAACCAAGAAUACCUAUAUUGGUACUUGGAUUCUUUACUUAAAAAGGAUCCCAGUAAUGGGUUUCAAAAAAAACUUGUAUUCUUAUAUGCAAAUUUCGAUCGUAAGAAACUUUUGCCCUUUCUUGUGCGUUCAAAGGACUAUGAUAUUCAGGAGGCGUUGGUUAUAUGCAAGCAGGAAAACUUUUAUCCAGAAGUGGUCUACCUACUCGGACGUAUGGGGGGCGUAGAAGCGGCCGAAGCACUAAACAUAAUUAUUCACAGCAUCAGAGACAUAGAAAUGGCCAUCGAGUUUUGCAAGGAGCAUGAUGACAACGAUCUUUGGAAUGCACUUAUAAAUGAAUUUAGCAGGCACCCUGAAAUUGUGACCAAAGUUUUGGACGGCAUAGUUGACUACGUGAACCCUGCGGUGGUUGUGGAAAAAAUAAAAAUGGGUCAGAACAUUCCAAAUCUGCGGCCAUCACUUAUUAAAAUGCUGUGGCACUACAAUAUUCAUGGUGAAGUUUUAUCCUCCGCCCAACAAAUUCAACUGAAUGAUUACUUUGAAAUUCACUCGGAGAUAGUCACCAAGCAAAGACGUGGUCACCAUGUUUCCUACGAACAACUAUGCUCAAUUUGUCAACGUCCAGUACUAAUGAUAGGUACACACUAUAAUUGUAUAAUAAGGUUUGAGUGCGGUCAUGUAUACCAUAAACCGUGCACACAAGGUAAAUUACAAAAAAAUUGUACUGAGUGUUACCUUUGGAACUUAGCCGUGGAGAACUUUGUAUAAUGCGACAUCAGAACCCUGUUAUCCUUAUAGGGUAAUUAAACUUUGUGGCUUGAUUUCUUUAUAUCUUAUCUUAUCUUAUCAAACGUGUUCAACAAUUUCCUUCAUAAUUUGAAUCUUUUUAGCCUUUAAAUUCCCUGACUAUUGAUAAAACUUUUUCACUAAUAAAUUUAGUUUCAGCUA